AUGGCGUCUGGCUUGGUCCUCGGUCUUCUCUGGGUCGCCGUCCUGACCCGGGUCUGCGGGGUAGAGGAUCUUCCCCACGGCGUCCUGCUGAUCCAGUUCAGGGAGCGGGUUCUGGACGGACUCGGGCUGGACGGGCCUCCCCCCACCGUGCGGGUCCAGAGCCUGGAGGUCCUCCAUCGCCGGGGUCAAAGGGCACGGAGGGCAACCGGAGAGGAUCGGCCAACCGGGAAGGAGGAUCAGGAUGAGUCCGAAAUUAUUCUGUUCCCCAGUUCAGGUUCACCCUGCGAGUCCUUCACGUACGGCUUCCAUCCAUCUGUCGCCGUCCGGGACGCCGCCGUCACGUCCGCCCACUUCUGGUUCCCCUCCAGCCAGAUGACGAACUCCUCCUCCUCGCUCUUCAUCCUUGCCGCGGCGCGGCGCCUCCUGGCGGCCGCCACUCCGUCCGCCUCCGACCCGGACGGGUGGAUCACCUUCCGCCUGGACGGAGCAGCGUUGGGCCUCGUGGCCGAAGGUCACUUCCUGCUCCAGGUCGUCUGCGCUUCCUGCAGUUGCCAAUGCUAUGAAGACCAGACGCCCUUCCUCCACCUCCUCCUCAUCCGCCAUCGAGGUCAAGCCCGACUCCCACGGACCGCCGCCGUCCCCUGGUCGCCCUCGGCGGUGGACGUCCUCCAGCGUCCGUCUGGGGAAGAGCGGCACUGCCAGCGGGCCGCGGUGGACAUCAGCUUCCAGGAGCUGGGCUGGGACAGCUGGAUCGUCCAGCCCGAGGCGGUGGUCUUCCACUACUGCCACGGGAAUUGCUCGGUCCAGGAUGGCGCCGCAUCCCCGCUGGACACCGUCGCCCGCUGCUGCGCUCCGGUCCCGGGAACCAUGAGGUCCCUGAGGGUCACCACCACGUCCGACGGCGGGUUCUCCUUCAGGCAUGAGACGCUGCCCAACAUCAUGCCCGAGGAGUGCGCCUGUAUCUAA